AUGGGACUCAAACAGCAAUCCAAUGUGCUAGGAAAAUGGUAUUAUCCAGCGGAGCGCACGUCGGACAACGGUUACCGUUUGGUCGACUUGUGCGAACAGAUGGGCCUCAUCAUCGCUUCCACGUUUAAGAGAAAUCAUCGAAGCCAUCAGCUCACUUGGCAUGGGUCAACCCUUUUAACGCCUGAAGAACAGCGCAAGCGGAAGAUGAGGACUCUUAAGCUUCAGCUCGACUACGUUCUGGCGAGGAACAUUCCUCAGUCAGAUAUCCGAAAAUCUAAAAAUCUAGAGCUGUUUGGGACGUCGCGUUUGACUCUGACCACCACCCAGUUCUUCUCAGCUUCAAGAUAA